AUGACCAGUGUGGAUCCAACGUCCAACAAACUGUUGAAUUUCAACCAGCGUUCUGCGUCUGAGGACUUGGGCUGCAGGCGCGGGGACUUCAGCAGGAAACACUAUGGUUCUGUGGAGCUGAGAGCGCCUGUUUGUCCGCACACCCCGAUAGCUCAGAGCAACAGGAAGUGUGUGGUGUCUGAUGGUUAUUGUUGGUGCAGUGUGGUGUCUGAUGGUUAUUGUUGGUGCAGUGGGGUGUCUGAUGGUUAUUGUUGGUGCAGUGUGGUGCCUGAUGGUUAUUGUUGGUGCAGUGUGGUGCCUGAUGGUUAUUGUUGGUGCAGUGUGGUGUCUGAUGGUUAUUGUUGGUGCAGUGUGGUGUCUGAUGGUUAUUGUUGGUGCAGUGUGGUGUCUGAUGGUUAUUGUUGGUGCAGUGUGGUGUCUGAUGGUUAUUGUUGGUGCAGUGUGGUGUCUGAUGGUUGUUGUUGGUGCAGUGUGGUGUCUGAUGGUUAUUGUUGGUGCAGUGUGGUGUCUGAUGGUUAUUGUUGGUGCAGUGUGGUGUCUGAUGGUUAUUGUUGGUGCAGUGUGGUGUCUGAUGGUUAUUGUUGGUGCAGUGUGGUGUCUGAUACUUGUUGUUGGUGCAGUGUGGUGUCUGAUGGUUAUUGUUGGUGCAGUGUGGUGUCUGAUGGUUAUUGUUGGUGCAGUGUGGUGUCUGAUGGUUGUUGUUGGUGCAGUGUAGUGUCUGAUGGUUGUUGUUGGUGCAGUGUGGUGUCUGAUGGUUAUUGUUGGUGCAGUGUGGUGCCUGAUGGUUAUUGUUGGUGCAGUGUGGUGUCUGAUGGUUAUUGUUGGUGCAGUGUGGUGUCUGAUGGUUAUUGUUGGUGCAGUGUGGUGUCUGAUGGUUAUUGUUGGUGCAGUGUGGUGUCUGAUGGUUAUUGUUGGUGCAGUGUGGUGUCUGAUGGUUAUUGUUGGUGCAGUGUGGUGUCUGAUGGUUAUUGUUGGUGCAGUGUGGUGUCUGAUGGUUAUUGUUGGUGCAGUGUGGUGCCUGAUGGUUAUUGUUGGUGCAGUGUGGUGUCUGAUGGUUAUUGUUGGUGCAGUGUGGUGUCUGAUGGUUAUUGUUGUGUGGUGUCUGAUGGUUAUUGUUGGUGCAGUGUGGUGUCUGAUGGUUAUUGUUGGUGCAGUGUGGUGUCUGAUGGUUAUUGUUGGUGCAGUGUGGUGCCUGAUGGUUAUUGUUGGUGCAGUGUGGUGUCUGAUGGUUAUUGUUGGUGCAGUGUGGUGCCUGAUGGUUAUUGUUGGUGCAGUGUGGUGUCUGAUGGUUAUUGUUGGUGUAGUGUGGUGCCUGAUGGUUAUUGUUGGUGCAGUGUGGUGUCUGAUGGUUAUUGUUGGUGCAGUGUGGUGCCUGAUGGUUAUUGUUGGUGCAGUGUGGUGUCUGAUGGUUAUUGUUGGUGCAGUGUGGUGUCUGAUGGUUAUUGUUGGUGUAGUGUGGUGUCUGAUGGUUAUUGUUGGUGCAGUGUGGUGUCUGAUGGUUAUUGUUGGUGCAGUGUGGUGUCUGAUGGUUAUUGUUGGUGCAGUGUGGUAUCUGAUAGUUAUUGUUGGUGCAGUGUGGUGUCUGAUGGUUAUUGUUGGUGCAGUGUGGUGUCUGAUUGUUAUUGUUGGUGCAGUGUGGUGCCUGAUGGUUAUUGUUGGUGCAGUGUGGUGUCUGAUGGUUGUUGUUGGUGCAGUGUGGUGUCUGAUGGUUAUUGUUGGUGCAGUGUGGUGUCUGAUGGUUGUUGUUGGUGCAGUGUGGUGUCUGAUGGUUAUUGUUGGUGCAGUGUGGUGUCUGAUACUUGUUGUUGGUGCAGUGUGGUGUCUGAUGGUUGUUGUUGGUGCAGUGUGGUGUCUGAUGGUUAUUGUUGGUGCAGUGUGGUGUCUGAUGGUUGUUGUUGGUGCAGUGUGGUGUCUGAUGGUUAUUGUUGGUGCAGUGUGGUGAAUGCUGUUCUGAUUUCCAGCGAUGCAGAUGGGGCCAUACAGCGAGCCGGGCGCUUCAGGGUCGAGAAUGGCUCCAUGGACGAGAGUUCAGACCACACUCCAGGAUCCUGGAGGCGGACGGACGUCCAUCUGGAGAAUCCAGAGUACCACACCAGAUGGUUCUUUAAAUAUUUCCUGGGUAAAGUUCACCAAAACUACGUGGGCACAGACGCAGAGAAGAAUCCCUUUUUCUUGUCCGUGGUUCUCUCAGACCAAAACAACCAGCGUGUUCCUCAGUACAGAGCCAUUCUCUGGAGGAAGUCGGGCACUUUGAAGAUCAGCCUCCCCUACAGCCCCACCAAAACACUAUCAGUCAAGUCUAUACUAAGCGCAAUGAACAUGGAUAGGUUUGAGAGAGGCCCCCGGGAGAUUCUUAACCCUGAUAUUCAGAAGGAUCUGCUGGUGUUGGAGGAGCAGGAGGUGAGUCUGUGGGCACACACUACUAUCGUUGUUAAAUACACUCGCUGA